AUGGGUUUGUGCUUUUUCAAGAGAAUGAUUAGGGAAGGCGUUGAAAUGGACCAUAAUAGCUAUGUCUUCUCGUUGAAAGGUUGUGGGAUUUUGAGCUGGAUUGAAAUUGGAUCAUCGGUGCAUUGUAGGAUUCGGAAAGCGGGUUUUGUGAAUGACUUGAUUGUGAGGAAUGCACUCGUACAUUUUUAUAGCGAGAAAGGGCAACUGGACGAUGCAAAGGUCGUGUUCUUUGAGAGUAGUGUGAAAGACGUCGUCUCCUGGACUUCUUUAAUUGAUGGUUUUGUGAGGAAAAAUUUGGCUGAUGAGGCUUUGGAUUUGUUUGGAGAAAUGUGUUCAAGUGGGAUUGAGCCUAAUGAGGUCACUAUGAUCUCUCUGUGUUCAGCAUGUUCGCUUAAGGCAAAUUUGGCUCUAGCAAGAUCAGUUCAUGAGCUUGUGUUAAGAAAACGUGUGACAUGUAGUUUAAAUCUCAUGAAUGCUUUGUUAGACAUGUAUGUGAAAUGUGGUGAUCUGGCUAAAGCUGAGGAAAUUUUCGGUAAAAUGGAUGCCAAGGAUGUAUUUUCAUGGACAAGCAUGAUCACUGGAGAUGAAAAACAUCCUCAUAUUACGGCGAUAUGGAAAGUGCUAAAUGACAUCUGCUUGCUGUCAAGUCUGGAAAUGUCCAGUUCAGGUCAAGAAUGUUACCAAGAUCUCUGA